ACUGCCACCGCUAUGACAUGUCGUCCAGCUGCUCUGUCAAGACGAUCAAGAUGUUUUGUGAAUGUUGUGAAUGCCACCUCGAAUGGGUGAUUACCUAAAGCGUGCCACGUAGAAUAUUCAGAAGAGUUCUAGCUGCAAUACCAAAGGCUGAUCAGCAGCACAUCGAGCUGCUCAUCUACAUCAUGGCAUCAGCUCCAACACAGCCUCAGAAUAUCGUUUCAUCGACUACUGCUCCUGAUAGUGACUCGACCAAGGGCGUGACUGUCGAUAAAGAGGCUGUUGGGGAGCACCUCGAGCUUGACCCUGUUAUCGACAAGCGACUCGAUCGCAAGUUUGACUGGCACAUUCUCCCAUUCCUGUUCGGGAUAUGGCUCUUCUCCUUCAUCGACCGCAGCAACAUCGGCAACGCCGCCAUCGCCGGGCUCCGCCGCGACCUCGACAUCCAGAGCGGCACGGGCUUCAACGUGGCCCUGCUCGUCUUCUACGCGACCUACAUCGCCGUCGACGUGCCCAGCAACUGGAUCAUCAAGCGCGUCAGGGCCGGCGUCUACCUGCCCGCCCUCAUCACGGCCUGGGGCGUCGUGUGCACGUGCAUGGGCUUCGUGAAGUCCUUUUCGGCCCUGGUGGCCUGCCGCCUGCUGCUGGGACUGUUCGAGGGCGGCAUCCUAGGGGGUGUCAUCAUCUACCUCGCCAUGUUUUAUCGGCGACACCAGAUGGUCCUGCGCUGCGGGCUCUUCUACUCGGCUGCACCGCUCUCGGGGGCCUUUGGUGGGCUGUUGGCGUCGGGGCUGGGGCAGAUAUCGCACGGUGGCUAUAACAACUGGCCGUGGAUCUUCUUCAGCAAGUCUUUUUUUUUUCUUUUUUUUUUGUCCACUGGAGUCUGCUUCACAGUCGAGGGAGCCAUGACGGUAGUGUUUGGGAUGGUCUGCUUCUUCUUCAUGCCCAACACGCCCGGAGACUCGCGCUUCUUGACCCCCGAAGAAAGAGAGCAGGCCCUUCGCCGCAUGCGAGAAGAUGCUAGCGGGUCGAGCACCAUCGAUGUUGAUGACGAAAAGUUCAACUGGCACUGGGUCAAGAUGGCGCUCAUGGCGCCGCAGACGUAUCUUUUGUCGCUGUUGUGGUUCUUUCUCCUGGUGCCAUUAUAUAGCUUCUCCCUCUUCCUCCCGACCAUCAUCUUCGGCAUGGGCUACACGUCCACGACGGCGCAGCUCCUCACCGCCCCUCCCAACAUGACGGGCUUCGUCUCGGUCAUCGUCUGCUCCUACCUCUCCGACCGCUUCAAGGUUCGGGGUCCCUUCAUCGCCGGCGGCACGGUGCUGGGCAUCAUCGGCUACGCCAUGCUGCUGGGGUCGGAGCGGAACCCGGUAAAGUACGCCGGCACCUUCUUCAUCGGGCUCGGCGUCUUUCAGUGCUCGGCGCUGAUGAUGGGCUGGUGCUCAAACAAUCUCGCGCCGCACUACGUUAGGGCCACGGGCGUGGGCGUCAUCAUCUCGCUUGCGAACUGCUCUGCCUUUAUCGGGACAUUUAUCUAUCUUAGUGAUCAUGCCCCGCGCUAUAUUCUCGGUCACGCCAUUGCUCUGGGGGCUCUCUGCUUGACCCUUGUCCUGACCUGCGUUCUCGUUGCAUAUCUGCGUUGGGAGAACGGGAAGAGGGAGCGUGGGGAGCGCGACGACAGAUUGUUGCAGCCGGAUUCGCACCGUCUAGGCCAUCGUCAUCCCAGGUUCAGAUAUACAUUGUGAUGGGUGUUACUUGACAGAGUUCACAUGUUGCUGAUGGGGUGCAGCAAUUGCCCCAUUGCCGCUGAUGGAGGUGUCUGUAACUAUCUCUUGCAAUGAGACAGACUGGGUAACGGCCGAAUAC